GGGUGGGAUGCUGUCCGUGGGCGGGUCUUUCCAGGACUGGAGCGAAGGGCUGUGGGUUUGACAGUGUGUGCCCCCCCGGGGUGCAGACGGAGUUCGGUGCUGGACGCCGGCCUCCUCUGUCCGAGGGGAACUUUGCUACAAGCGUUCCUGCGGAGGAGGGCGCCGCGCGGCUCCUGAUUGGGAGUCUGAACGAGGGGAUCCAGUUUAGGGGAUCUGGUGGGAGAGAGGACUGUUAGCACGAAGUCAUUUCUUUGAGUCCUCGCUUGAGAGGGCGGCAAGGAUCUCGGAGGGAUCCAGCGGAAACGGAGCCUCCCAGGACCGGGAUCCCAGAGGAUCUCAGGGAGGAAUCUGCAGGGACAAAGGCUCUGGAGGCUCGGGCCGAGGGAGAGCUGCGACCUCCGCCAUCCGGUUUCGCGGCAGGUGCCCGGCAGGGCCCGAGUGAUCCGGGCGGCGGCAGCUGGAGGACACCCGCUCCGGGCGGCCACCCGGGGGCGCCCUUCCGCGGAAGGGCCUGUGGGCUACCGGGAGCCGCAGGCGGACCAUGAAGGGCGGAGCCCGGGGGAGGGGCUGGCCCUUACUCCCCGUUCCCCUGCUCCCCCCUUACCCCAGGCCGCAGCCUGGGAUCCCCCAGGGACCCCCCCGGAACCGCCGCUUCCCCCAUGGACUUGCCUGGGGACUCCAGCCCUUCUAGACAGCCGAGUCUGUGCCGGCAGCCCCUAGCUCGAGCACUAUGCGAAGCCAGGAGCCCGAAAAGACCGAGGUUGCAACCCCUGGGGGCUCCUUCACCCCUGGAAAAGGCCUCUCGGCGGGUCCUGGCCGUGGUGCUGGAAGAUGUCAUGGCUGCCGACAUGGUCCCCCUGAAAUCUCAAGAAGACACUUCCAUCCCACUGUAUCACAGCAAUCAUCAGGAUUCUGUCUGCAGACAGUCACCUGCUUCGCCACCCCAACAGGUCAAGUGGUCCAGGCCUCUUGACCCACUGCAUUUGUGCCGCGAACCCUUGAGCCGCAUCCACAAGUCCUCUUCCACCUCAAGGCUCAGAUCAAAGAAAACCCCUGACCCAGAGGAGAGCCCUUCACAAAAGAUGGAUCGGGUCCCCCAACCCACCUUGGUGGUAGUACUAGAAGACAUUGCCAGUCCCAGACCACCAGCUGAGGGCUUUGCUGAUGAUGGGUCCAACUUCAUAGUCCCAGCUCAAAGCAUCUUCAGAAGCCUUAAGGGACAGGGGAGGCACUGGCCUAGGAGGGACCUGGACUUGGAAGUUCCCCCAGCCCUUACCUUGCCCCUUCACCCCAGAGAUGAGACUAUGGCAACAGUUCACCAGCCAAUGCCUGCAGCCAAGGACCUAGAACCUCCAUUGCAACCUUCCACUGUACCUGAAGAUCCCCCAGAGAGCCUGCUACCAGCCCCAGAUCCUGCUCUGGAGCCCCCAUCGACCCCACCACUGUCCAGCCUUUUACGUCCCCGCCUCAGUCCCUGGGGCUUGGCCCCUCUCUUCCGAUCUGUCCGCUCCAAGCUGGAGAGCUUUGCUGAUAUCUUCCUCACACCUAACAAAGCCCCACAACCCCCACCCCCAUCGGCCCCCAUGAAGUUGGAGUUGAAGAUUGCCAUCUCAGAGGCUGAGCAGUCCAGGGCUUCUGAGAGAAUUGCUUCUGUCAGCCCUCGGCCCCCUAUCCGCCAGUGGCGAACUCAGGACCACAAUUCCCCAACACCUCUCUCUAAGCUGUCUCUGGGCCGAAGCUACUCCUGCCCUGAUCUGGGGCCCCCUGGUCCAGGCAGCUGCACCUGGGCCCUGGUUCCACCCCAGCCAAGCCGACCCAGGCCUCGGAGGCACACUGUGGGUGGUGGGGAGAUGGCGUGGACUCCACCACCUCCUCGGCCCUGUCUCCGGAAAGAGGUCUUCCCUCUGGGAGGAGUGGGAGCCUCCCCUUCUCUCACUACAUCCUGUUCGUCCACUGCAUCCACUUCUUCCUUCUCCGAACCAGCAGAGCCCAGAUUGGGCUCAACCAAGGGGAAGAAGUCAAGAACCUCAAAAGACCAGGUGCUUUCUGACCCAGAGACCAAGACCACAGGAAAGGUUUCUGGAUUCAGAAUACGCAGGACACCGGUCCGUCCACAACCAAACCUUACUCCUAUGGGGCUGCCUCGACCAAUCAGGUUAAACAAGAAGGAGUUCAGCUUGGAAGAAAUUUAUACAAAUAAGAAUUAUCAAUCACCCACAACUAGGAGGACCUUUGAGACCAUCUUUGAGGAACCCCGGGAGCGCAAUGGGACACUAAUUUUUACCAGUUCAAGGAAGCUCCGGCGGGCUGUAGAAUUUCGGGACAGUAGCCUUCCUCGAUCCCGGAGGCCAUCUCGAAGGGUCCGAACUGCAGCUGGCAGGACCCUUACUCCCAACCUGGCACCCAACCAGGAUGUGGAACCUCUGCUGCAGCAACGGCUGAAGGAACUAGAUGCCCUGCUCCUGGAGGAAGAAAUAGAUGGGAGACACUACCAUCAACCCUAGGAGCGCCAACUCUUUGUCCAGCAAGCAUAGUGUAUCCAUCCUUGAGGGAAGGGAAAAAUCCCUGGGUCAGCUGUAUUUUUUUUUUCCUAGUAAAGUUUUCAAUAUGUUUCUGAUUCCUUCA